UCGAGGCGCCAGAACAAUUCGUGCCGCGCGCGCGUUCGUGAGCGCCAAAAAACCCGAGAACAUACAACCAAUAAAGACCAAGACACAAAAAAGCUGGUUAUCCUUGUCGACAGCAAUCGCAGGAGAGAACUAAAGUGUGGAAAAUGAUGCGACCUCGCUGCCUGGUGUCCUUUUUGGGACUCUGCCUGGUCAUCAGCCUGGGAAUGCGUUGCGAUGCUAGAGCGGUGAACGUGAGCAACACCUGGACGAUGCCGCAGGAGGGGCUGAACGUCUUCUACCGCUUCUUCCGCGAUCGCAUCUCCUGGUUCGAGGCCGACGCCGUCUGUCAAUUCCACCACGCCAAUCUGGUGACGGUCGACAACAGUUUUCAAUUCGAUGCAACGCGCGACCUGCUGAGGGAAUUGGAUGUGAACGACAUCGUUUGGAUUGGUCUCAUGCGACCGCAGAACUCGGAUCGUUUUAUGUGGUCGAACUCACGUCCCUUGGUGGCGGAUACUGGUUACUGGGCCGAAUCACUGCCCCUGAUGGAUGCACCGCUCUGCGCCGUAAUCGAUCCCAUUCGAGAUUACCGCUGGCACGCCCUGCGCUGCGGUGGACCCGAAACGGCCUCCUUCCUCUGCGAAAUGCCAGUUCCCAGCUGGGCGGAUGCGUGCAUACUGAAGGACAUGCCCAAUUUGACCAUGCAGUACAUGGCGGAUACGGCCAGCAUCGAGCUGAUCCGCAAUUGCCAGGAGGAGGGACUGCUGCGACACACCUGCAAGGGCAAGGAGGAUCGGGAGCGUGCCAUUCGACAACUGAUCUGUCCCAAGGAGCGUCUGGAGGCGCAGCGCAUCAACGACAUCACCAACUCGCACUUCAAGUCGCUGCAGAUCAUCAACAACAUCCACACGGAUAACAAGGAGAACAACGACAUCGAUCUGCUGCCCAACUAUAGCCGCCGAUCCGGAAUGGCCAUCAACAUUGAGGUGGCGCGACCGGUGCCACCGGUUUCGGUCACCGGAUUGGGAGACCUGAUGCAGGCGGAUGCGCCGGGCGCCGUAUCGCUGUCCGGUCUGUAUCGCAUACCGGAUUUGGUGCCCAAGCCGGUGAAGAAGGCGGCCAAGAAGGUGAUCACCCCGGACUUUGCCAAGAAGCUGCAGGGCAACCAUCAGCAGCAGCAGCAGCACAACCAGCAGCAGCAGCAGCAGCAGAAGUCGCGCAAGUCGCUGGUGCAUCAGCACGAGGAGGAGCUGAUGAUGGGCGACCAGCCGGCACUGAGUGAGGAGCAACUGCCUCCGGGCAUGGGCAUGGGACUGGGCAUUCGAAUGCCCCUCAAUGAGGAUGACAGCAAUAGCGAUGUCUCCAAUGAGAUAUUCGAGCACUUGCCGCACAAGAAGAAGAUCCUGCCGCAGGAUCUGCGCACCAUGGCGCCCAUUGCUGAAGCCGAAUCCCCACCGACGACAACAACAACGCUGAGGACGACCACUUUGGCGGCAACAACCACUACACCAACGACAACAACAACAGCGGCGACAACAACAACAGCGGCCACGACGGCAGCUACUGAAGUGGCAACCACACCGAAAGCCGUGGACACCACAAGUUCACAGGCGCCGGCAACAACCACGCGGCCAACAACAACGGUUGGAACCAGCACCAUUACAAGCACCACCACUACAACAGCAGCAACUACGCCGCAAGCGGAAGAGGCAACGACAACAACGACCAAGAAGCCGGAGCCAACAACCAUGGUGGCACCUCGAACAACAAAAACAGCAGCCACCGAAGCGGCAGCAACGGCAGCAGCAGCAGCAGCAACUAGCACAACAACAGCAGCAGCAGCCGCUGCCACAGCAACAACAACAAGCGCGGCAGCAGCAACAACCACCCAUGCCACGCCCACGGACAACAGCAACAACAUGGCACACCCAAUCCACCCAUCGCAGCAGCAGCACCACCAGCAACAGAUGCUGCACGAAGGCGCAACGCUGCAACAGCAACAUGCAACGCACGUCAACGAGUCCGCCGACAACACGCGCUUCAUACCGCCAAUGCUGCUGGUGAAGUCGCACUACGUGCCGCCGGCCAAGCAUGCCACCGAGCACGCGACCACAACAACACGGGCGACAACAACGUCCAGUACGACAACAGCAGCAGCAGCAGCAGCAGCAGCAACAGCAGCAACAGCAGCAGCACCAGCAACAACACACGCAGCAGCAACAUCGGCCAAAGUGGAAGUGCAGCCAUCAACAGUCACGUCAUCGAAGGGACUGACAGCAGCAGCAUCAGCAGCAGCAGCAGCAGCAACGGCAGCAACAACAGCAGCUGCAGCAGUCGCUGACACCGUGGCAACAUCAACCGUGACAGCGACAACAGGUGCAGCUGUGGAGGUGACAACAAGCGUGAAAAUAGCUGAAGACACCGCAACAACACCGGCGACAGUGCCAGCAGCAACGGUAAUUGCCAGUGAAGCGCCACCAGCAGCAGCAGAAGCAGUUGCAGCAACAACACCAGUCGCAGCUAAUGAAAUCAAAUUGAAUGCCACUGCUGUGGCAGCAGCAACAACAGCCGCACCGAAACCAGUCAGGGAGUUCAGAUAUCCGCUGGUGAACCAGGGAUCCUUCAAGGAGGAUAACAACGGCAUGGGCAGCCCCGAGGAGGAGGAGGAUGAGGAGGGGGAGGACGCGCAGGGCCACUUGGAGACGGAGGCGGCCACAACGCGACACAACUUCCUGGAGGAGACCGAGGCGCCAUUCAAGCCAAAUCGACGACGCUCGCUAACCAAACCGGAAACGGUUAGCUAUUUCAAGAAGAUCUUGGGCUAAAAACGCCCGGAGCCGCGUUGCUGCAACCGUAAUCCGCACUAGUAACCGUAAACGUAAACGUAAACGUAAACGUAAGCGUAAUCGCGACAGUAACCAACUGUUAAACCAUAAAUAAGAAAAACGAUGAUAAAGUAUGACGUAAGAAGUACACUCCCUGCACACAGCCACGUAAUUGGUCUUGGAAAUCAGAGCAAAUUGAAACAGUUGUUGGCAUUGCCCCGCUGGCCAUUUUCUCCUUUUAAAAGUCCCACGAGAACAUCAGUAACCGAGAGCGACCCAAACAGCAUUCCGCAUCCACAUUCCGGCCAAAAGUUUGCGGAGCUGCCGCUUCCCAAAGUCUUGUGUCUCCGGCAGAAAUGCCGGAAAUCCAAGCGGAAACCCAAAAGAAAACUCAACUCAAGUCGACUCGACUCCAGUUGCAAGUACAGAAAUAUGUCAAUUUUUCACCGGAAAAAAGAAAAAGCAAGUGAAUGCAAACAAACAAACCAGCAAACAAACACGCACACUCAAAAGCAGAUACAGAUACAGAUACAGAUAGUCUGUCAGGUGGGAAGGAAAAAAUAGAUGGAAACCAAGACGCUGGAGGAGCUUCCAUUCGAAUGGAAAAGCGGGGAGUGUGUGCGAUGCAAAGGCCAAAUCUAAAGUACGAUAAAUACUGCGAAAAAGUGUUUACAAACGUAUACAUAGGGCGUCUGUUUUGGAUUUCCGUUUGCUUUGCCUACAAGCGACAUGUGGUCACACUGGUCCAAAUGGGAAAGUGUGAACAGAGCAGUGAAAAGUGCACAACACUUAUUCCCAACUCACUUGUUUCGAUUCCGUUCGCAUCUGCUCGUUUUUAAGCCUUCUGAAAAUGUUUAAAUCCAUAAUAGAAUUUUUUUAAACCCAUUCAAGGCUGCCUAUAAUUGACAUUAAAUUGCAUUUUUGAGUAAGUGCUCCCGUUAGAAUAGUACUUAUUUGCUUUUAAAUCAACAGAAGGUUUCACUUGCCGCUUAAAAUAAUAGCGCCAGUUGAUCGACAUCUUAAUUUCCCAGAAGAAAAAGCCUAUGAAAAUCCAAAACAGCAAUCGCCAUGCAAAUUACAUACAUAUUUACCUAUUAAUUAUGAACAUAUGUAAUAGAUGUUGUUUUUUUUUUUUGGUGUACGGAAAUAGUCAAAUACAAUUUGUGUAAGCCAUUAAAGCGCGUUUGUCAUUUGGAAAUUUUGAGAAAAUUACUUCGAAUGAAUGCGGCAAAUUGGCAGAGCGAAAAUAAAAUGAAAAAUGCGUUGAAGAAACGAGCACACUUAAUAUUAAGCUAAAAUUAAACGAAUCGAAAGGCAAGCCCAAUGUGGAAAAUAAAACGGAAAAAUGCGGCGAGACGAGUCCCAAAAAAACGGAAAAUGGCCGAAAAAGGAAAGCACUUGAUGUAGAGAAUUAUUUGUAGGUACUUCUGAGAGCAACGGGCAAAUUAAUACGGUUCCGUUGAGUUGCUCCGAAAAAACACACAAAAACAUCCAGUAAAAUAGUAUAAAUGUAAACCAAAGUAAUGAAUUAUGAAUAAAGAGAAACCCUU